AUGACUGGAAUUAUUCGCGGACCCGCGGGUAGUAACGACUGUAGGAUAUACGUGGGGAAUCUUCCCCCGGACAUCCGCUCCAAAGACGUGGAAGAUUUAUUUUACAAGUACGGAUCUAUUCGGGAUAUUGACCUGAAAAACCGUCGAGGAGGACCACCGUUUGCCUUCGUGCAGUUCGAGGACCCGAGGGAUGCAGAGGAUGCUGUGUACGGGCGAGAUGGUUAUGAUUACGAUGGCUACCGCCUGCGUGUGGAGUUCCCAAGAAGUGGAAGGGGAGGAGGAGGAGGAGGAGGAGGAGGUGGUGGCGGCGGCGGCGGUGGAGGAGGAGGAGGAGGAGGAGUAGGAGGGGGGAUGGGACCCCCUAGGGGAAGGUAUGGCCCCCCAUCUCGACGCUCCGAGAACAGGGUGGUUGUGUCAGGUCUACCCCCCAGCGGGAGCUGGCAAGACCUGAAGGAUCACAUGCGGGAGGCAGGUGAUGUAUGUUAUGCUGAUGUGUUCCGUGAUGGCACUGGAGUGGUGGAGUUUGUGCGCAAAGAAGACAUGACGUACGCUGUGCGUAAACUGGAUAACACCAAGUUUCGCUCCCAUGAGAGUUCAGAGGAACAGGAUAGGAUGGGAAGAGAGGAGUCAGUUCAUGUUAAGAUAAACAGGAGGAGGAGGAAUCAAAUGUGGCACCAAUGGUAUGAUGGCUGUGCCUUGUCAACUGUUUGGACUGGGCUCAUUGUCUCCCCAUUCCGGAUCCGGAUCAGGAUUCAGGAUCAGAUCAGGAUUAGGAUUAGGCUUCAGGAUGGAUACAUGGAGCACGACCCUGGCCCUGUCCACAAAACCCAGCAAACUGGAAUCAUUUUA